UGUUUAUGACGACAUAAAGAUAAACGACUAUUAAAUGCCAUUUCAGUUUAGCACAGCGGAUUCAGAGAUUAGUUUAUGUUGUAAGUUUAUUUUAGUUAGCCUAAUUGUUUAAGUUUUCUUGUAUGUAUUUAUAUACGAUGAUAAGGUGAAAUAACACGCUCACAUUAUUUUCAACUGUUUAACCGCAAAAAUCACAUUUUUAAUAUUUAAAAUUAGGUAAUAUUUCUGUGAGCCAAUUGUCAUACAAUCAAUAAUACUUAUAGUUAAAGGGCAUCAUGAGGCUCGUGCAUCUGUGCGGCAGGACUGUGAUGCUUCACAGAUACAAACACACGACAACAACAGCUCAGCUGUCAGAGAAGAAAAUGAGCCGGUAUUUUGUGGAUCAUCGCCGAGUGAGGCUUAUAGCGGGAUCAGGUGGUGACGGCGCCUCCACGUUCCACAGUGAGCCCAGGAAAGAGUGGGGCGGUCCGGACGGGGGCAAUGGAGGUGCUGGAGGAGAUAUAAUCAUUAAAGUGGACCAGCAGGUAAAAUCACUGUCUUCACUGGCAGCAUUGUAUUAUGGGAAAAAAGGAGAGGGAGGAAGCAGCAAAAACUGCUAUGGACGCAAUGGUAGUCCCACCUACAUCUCUGUUCCUAUAGGGACUAUAGUGAAGGAGGAGGGGGGAAUUGUGGUGGACCUCUCGCAGCAUGGCCUGUUGUAUACUGCUGCAUAUGGAGGAGCAGGAGGCAAGGGGAAUCGCUUCUUCUUGUCCAAUGAAAACAGAGCUCCGAUGACUGCCACUCCAGGAGAGAAGGGACAAGAACGAGUCAUUCAGCUGGAGAUGCUAACUGUGGCCCAUGCAGGACUGGUUGGGUUUCCAAAUGCAGGGAAGUCAUCUCUGUUACGUGCCAUCUCUAAUGCCCGGCCAGUGGUGGCAGCAUACCCCUUUACCACACUGAACCCUCAUGUGGGCAUUGUCAAGUACAAGGACCAUGAGCAGGUGGCAGUGGCUGACAUUCCAGGGCUUAUUCCAGGUGCUCAUCUGAACCGCGGGCUCGGCAUCUCUUUCCUGCGGCAUAUUGAGCGAUGUCGCAUCCUGCUGUACGUGUUGGACAUGUCUUUAAGAAAUCCGUGCGAGCAGCUGCAGCAAUUGAGCUUUGAGCUGGAACAGUACAAACCUCACCUGUCCCACAGACCUCAUGCCAUCGUGGCCAACAAAAUGGACCUGCCCAACACCUCGGAGAACCUGAAAGCUCUGAGGAGCCAUGUCCAUCAGCGGGUCAUUCCCAUUUCUGCACUGACUGGGGACAACACAGAAGAACUGAUCAUACACCUGCGACAGCUGUACGAUAGCUACCCUCAGAGCAGCAGUAACUCUAGGCUGUUAUCGCGGAAGACAUAGCCUUUUGACGAGAACUUUAUGAGGAUCUCAAUUUAUUUUUAUGUACUGCAUAAUUGGAGUGGCUAUGCACAAAUAGUUUAAAGGAUUAGUUCACCCAAAAAGUAAAAUUCUAUGUGUAUGUCUUUCUUUCUUUCAUCAGAACACAAAUUAAGAUUUCUAGAAGAAUUUCUUCAGGUCUGUAGGUCCAUAAAAUGCAAGUAAAUGGGUGACGAAUAUUUGAAGCUCCAAAAGGCACAUAUAGCUAUCAUAAAAUUAAUCUGUUCGAUUCCAGUGGAUUAAUUAAUUUAUUCUGAAACGAAACGCUAGGUGUGUUUGAAAUGGAUCAAUAUUUAAAAAUUAAUGAGGGUCACGGUUAAGUGCAUUGGCAAGUUCAAGCAAGAACUGAUACAUGAAAUCCGAAAAAAGAAAAACCCCAGAAGUGCAGUGUUGUUUACAAAAGAGGAUCAUAGAGAUUCAUACAUAGGUGCCUCAUUCGGCUGGUUUGAAUACGUCAUCUUGGAACGGUGAACAAGGAGAGCUGUUUGAAUCUGUUUGAAUGCAAGUGAGUGGAGUAGAUGCCUCAGACUGAACUCCUUGCUUAGACCGCUGCUUAAACACCUUUUGUAUCGAAAAAGUACUGUAGCCCAUGGAAACAGCUGCUAAUAAAGAUAUACAUAUGAAUAUCUAUGAAGAGGAGGCUUAUGCCAUGUGAGAGGCAGUUUGAACUCCACCCUCAUCAACGUACAAACCUCAAGCUGGCCGGAAGCGAACAUUUUUAGUAAAAAAAAGUUUUAAAUAUUGAUCUAUUUCUUACACCUAGCAUUUCAGAAGACAUUUAUUGGACCACUGGAAUCAUAUAAAUUAUUUUUAUAUUGGCUAUAUUUACUUUUUGGAGCUUAAAAAAUUUGGCACCCAUUUGGCACCACUUGCAUUUUAUGGACCUACAGAGCUGAAAUAUUCUUCUAAAAAUCUUAAUUUGUGUUGUGCUGAAGAAAGUAAGUCACACAUGCCUUGGAUGAAAUUAGGGCGAGUAUUUUCAUUUUUGGGUAUACCAUUUUCCAUUUUUGUAUUUUUAUUUGUAACUAGUAAAACCUAAUAAACAUACAAAAACUUUGCUUUUGAACAAUGUAUUUUGGAAAAAGUACAAAUAAAAACUGU